GAACGACCAAGUACACAUUUGCGCCUCAAAUCGCACAGGAUGAGGAUGGCAUCUGGUUGUAGAUAGUCAAUACUAAUAUUUAAGAUAUUCUAUUCUGUUGUGGUUUCUUUCCUUUGACAAGCUUAUUCCAGCAGCACUGCAGUAACUAAAUGCAUUGCGAGCAUUUGGAGGAAGACAAACUUCAUCUGACACUGACAAAUGGCCAUACAGGAGUGCCACCUGACAGCCUUACUGGUGACUUCGGUGGUGGCGGCCAUUCUUGGCUCACUGCAGGUGGGCUACCACACGGGGAACGUUAAUUCCCCGGCUAAGAUCAUUGAGGAGUUCUUCAAUCAGACCUGGAAGGAAAGACAUAAUGAAACCAUGUCAGAACACAGCCUCACCAUGCUGUGGUCCGUGUCGGUCAGCAUCAAGGACUUUGGAGCCCUACUGGGCUGCCUGGGUGUCAAAUACCUGGCGGACUCUUUUGGACGGCGUAACUCCAUACUGAUCGUCAACUGCUUGUCGGUGUUGGGGGCGGGCCUGAUGGUGGCGUCCAAAACCAUUGAGGCGUUUGAGGCUCUGAUCCUGGGCAGGCUGCUGUUCGGUCUCUUCUGCGGUCUGGUUAUGAGCCUAAAUCCGCUUUACAUUCAAGAGGUGUCGCCCACCUUACUGAGGGGCGCCUUCGCCACUCUCAAUCAGGUGGCCUUCGCCUCGGGAAUCUUGCUUGGGAUGGUGUCCGGACUGGAGACCAUGUUGGGCACGGAGAAACUUUGGUCCGUGAUGUUGUCCCUGUCUCUCAUCCCGGCGCUGGCGCAGUACCUCAUCUUGCCUUUCUGCCCAGAGAGCCCUCGAUAUCUGCUCAUCAACAAGGGGCAAGAGAACAAAGCAGACGCUGCCCUACUGCGACUGAGAGGGAGUCCGGAGAGGGUACUGGUCGAGCUGGAGGAGAUGAAAGGCGAGGCUGCUCACACAAAGUUGUCCGUUGGUAUCUUCCAGUUUUUCAGUAAGCGAAGCUACAGGCAGCCCAUCAUUAUCGUCCUCUGCAUCAACCUGGGAAGCCAGCUUUCGGGAUUCAACGCGAUCGUCAAUUAUUCCACCAGAAUGUUCCAGGCUAAAUUCGACGAGGCCAAGUACCUGACUUUGGGAGUAGGAGCUGUCAACAUGAUCUUCACAUUGGUGGCAUUCUUUCUUAUGGAAAGAGCCGGAAGGAGGCGACUUCUCUUGAUCGGGUUCAUCUUCAUUGCUCUGUGCAACCUCCUGAUGACCAUUGUAGAUUCUGUGGUGCACCUGGUUCCUGAGCUGGGGAGCCUGCAGGUCCUGCUGGUAUUCUGCCUGAUUUCAGCAUACGAGGUUGGGCCUGGCCCCAUCUCUUGGUUCAUCGCGGGCGAGCUUUUUGACCAGCCCUGCAGGUCCAUCGCCAUGGCCUUCGCCAGCAUGCUCAACUGGGGAGGGAAGUUUCUUCUAGCGCUAAUCUUUCCUCCCUUACUGAAAGUCAUCGGCGGAUACUCUUACCUGCUCUUCAUGGUCAUGGCUCUGAUAGGCUUUGCCUUUACCUGGUUUCGAGUUCCUGAAACCAAAGGUCGCACAUUUGACGAGAUCGCUGAGGAGUUCCGGGGGGCGGAAAACCUCCCGUUGCAUAAUAAGAAUGGUUUCAACACCUUCUCCUAAAUGGAACUUUGGUCUCGAUAUAAUUACAAAGGUUGGCGGCUCACCAUGGGUGAACCCCAACUGUUUUUGCCAAUCAUCCUUCUGGACUUACAAAAAGCCAAGAGGUGCUCUUAAGAACUUAUUAAAGACUCCCAAAAUUGUUAAAUGGAACAGUCCCCUUUAUCUCAAUAGCACGGACACUGUCACCAAGAGGAUGGUAGUUUGUCAAACUCUUUGGAGCAGUCAUGCACUCAACAUUAAUUAGUUAGGGUACAAUAGAGAAAUGUAUAUAAAAAAAAAAAGGAGUAUCACAGAGUACUGUAAAUCUGAAAUGACUUGAUUACAGAAGUAAUUAAUGUUAUCUUUGAAAUAUUUAAAUACAAAUUGACAUAGUAGUGACAUGUUUUUCUAAGUAGGAUUAAAAGGAAGACAGAAUACUAUACUACUAAAUUAAAAUAAGGAACUUUACCUCAAAAGCAGCCACCUUUGACAGGGAUAGAUAUAGGCAGCCAAUAAUUUAAAGGUGGUACCCACUCUGUAAAUCAGGGGUCCCCAAACUUUUUCCUGUGAGGGCCACAUAACUUUUCCCUUCUCUGAUGAGGGGCCGGGUCAGUUUGUAACAGAAAAAGUGUGACGAUUGCAGGAGUGCCGAAAUGUAAAAAUUUAUUGUUUUUCAGAAAGCCACAAUCAAAUAACCCUUUCUGGAUUCUUCACGGAACAAAAGCAUAUAAUAUAAUAUAAUAUAAUAUAAUAAUAACUAGGGUUGUUCCGAUCAUGUUUUUUUUACUCCCGAUCCGAUCCCGAUCGUUUUAGUUUGAGUAUCUGCCGAUUCCGAUAUUUCCCGAUUCCGGAUUGCUUUUUUUUUUUUUGCUCCCGAUUCAAUUCCAAUCAUUCCCGAUAAUUUUUCCCGAUCAUAUACAUUUUGGCAAUGCAUUAAGAAAAAAAUGAAUAAAACUCGGACGAAUAUAUACAUUCAACAUACAGUACAUAAGUACUGUAUUUGUUUAUUAUGACAAUAAAUCCUCAAGAUGGCAUUUACAUUAUUAACAUUCUUUCUGUGAGAGGGAUCCACCGAUAAAGACUUGUAAUUCUUAAAGGAUAAAUGUGACUUUGUAUAUUGUGACUAAAUAUUGCUAUCUAGUGUAUUUGUUGAGCUUUCAGUAAAUGAUACUGUAGCCAUUUAACUGUUCUGCCCAAAUGCAUGAUGGGAAGUGCAACCAUGACUAUGCGUAGUGGCACCAAUUGAUAUAUCUUCUCUGCGUUGGGAAAUAACAUACGGUAUUGAGAAAAAGAUCAACUACCACCUUUCUUCCCCACAUUGCUUCCCACGAUAUUUCUAAUAAUUGAGAGAGGGAUUGUAAGGCUUUAGCUAAUUUAAAAAAGUCUCUAAAGGCUGCCAAAAUUCACUCUACUCAUUUUACGCUGCGUUUUAGCUCUAUAUGUAGGUAAAACGGCGCCAUUAUAUAUUGAACGCGACAAUGUGUGAGUGGGUCGUGCAGCGCAUGCGUUAAUUGCGUUAAAUAGUUAACCGUGAUUAAUUAAAAAAAAUUUAAUUACCGCCGUUAAUGCGAUAAAUUUGAUAGCCCUACUUUAAGCCAAAAGCUAAAGACUCUGGAUGAGUGUACGGCAUUUUGUCUGUAACAUUAAAUACAAUUAGAAAACGAUUUAAUAAAAAAAAAAAA